AUGCCUUUCGGUACUCUCAAGACAAAGGAGGCUAGAGGUCCCAUCCCUCUAUGCUCUCCGCCCUACCCUGUUGGCCUGGAUGAAUUCACUGAUGUGCAUGCUCUUUCCAUUCAAUAUCACACUACAUACGAUGCUGCCAAGGAUUUGAUCCCUGAGGAAUGUGAGCUGGAAGAUGAACCGCUUGUGUUUCUUACCCUCUUCAGUUACGGCAUGGGCCCUAUUGGCGCCUACAACGAGUUUGUCUGUCAGGUUGAGGUGAAGUGGGAAGGGAAGAAGUACCCCUUCUCGAUUGAGCUUAUUCUCAACAACGAAGGUGCUACAUAUGCCGGCCGGGAGCGUUGGGGUAUUCCCAAGGUUCUAGGCCACGUUGAAUGGGAUCCCUCCAAGAUGAACUCAGCUCCCAAUGGAAUUAUCACCGGCCACGUUGAGCGUCCUGCAGGCUGCAAGCUUGUCCAGUUCGGGUUCAAACCCCAAAAGAAGGUUCAGGACUGGGGUGCUCUGAAUCGACCCAAACGAGAGAGUCUUCACUUCCGUUCAAUCCCUGCGGCGAACAGUUAUGAUCCACCGAUUCUCAGGGAAUUCAUUCCUACCUGCAACGAGAUUACUCAUGCCGAAGUUUGGACUGGUGAGGGAUCUAUUGGCCUCUUUAAUGUUUCCGAGUUCGAUCCGAUUCACCGACUCAAGGUCGUUCGAUACGUUGGUGCAACGAUGUACAGAAACGCAAGGAGUGUUCUGCAUCCGAUCUCAAAGACCUUCCCCGUCUGA